GAGGGAGAGAGAGAGAGGGAGAGAGAGAGAGAGAGAGAAGAGAGUCAGAAAACCUCCACCACAAAACGUCUCGCACCAGCAAAUUUUCAGCUAAAAGAUUAGAGAGUGAAGCCGAUGAUGAUAGUCCUACAGACAAUGGCUUCUUUAACAUCACACUCUCUCUUCAAUUACUCUCUUCGACUAUGCCCAACUCGUAGACCAUCAUUCUCUCCCCACUCUACUGUCAAACGACUUGCGGAGAGAGAAAUCAAGUUUUCUGCGUUUUACAACAAGAUAAAUAGGCGUUAUACUUCUUCUUCUUCAGCUGUGGCCACCGAUUCUGUGGACACUGCAGUUGUUGCUAACGAACGAGACAAGGCCUCAAAUGAUGCUUCCAACGAGAAAGUGGUGCUUCCAACCAAUGAAUCGUCCGAGAGGCUUCUGAGAAUCCGACACAGUUGUGCCCAUGUAAUGGCCAUGGCUGUUCAAAAGCUCUACCCAGAUGCAAAGGUGACUAUUGGGCCAUGGAUUGACAAUGGAUUUUAUUAUGACUUCGAUAUGGAGCCUUUGACAGAUAAAGACCUGAAGAGGAUUAAGAAAGAGAUGAAUUUAUUUGUUGAGUCAUCUGUAGGAUCGCAUAAUUGGCCGAAACCUAUCACUAAUUAGAGAAGAAGUUACCAGAGAUGAAGCUCAAAGAAGAAUAAUGGCCAUCAAUGAACCUUACAAGAUGGAGAUUCUGGAUAGUAUCAAAGAAGAUCCCAUCACAAUCUAUCAUAUUGGUAACGAGUGGUGGGAUCUUUGUGCUGGCCCUCAUGUUGAAUCUACUGGAAACAUUAACAGGAAAGCCGUUGAGCUUGAAUCUGUUGCUGGUGCUUACUGGAGAGGAGACAUAAAUAAACCAAUGCUCCAAAGGAUAUAUGGCACAGCAUGGGAGAACGAUGUACAGUUAAAAGCGUACCUUCACUUUAAAGAGGAGGCUAAACGCAGGGAUCACAGGCGACUUGGCCAAGAUCUUGAUCUGUUUUCUAUACAGGAUGAAGCUGGUGGAGGGUUGGUGUUUUGGCAUCCUAAGGGUGCUGUUAUAAGACACAUCAUAGAAGAUGCCUGGAAAAAGAUUCACAUGGAACAUGGUUAUGAUCUGCUGUACACUCCACAUGUGGCAAAGGUAGAUCUUUGGAAGAUCAGUGGUCAUCUGGACUUCUACAGGGAAAAUAUGUAUGAUCAGAUGAAGAUCGAGGAAGAACUUUAUCAGCUGCGACCAAUGAAUUGCCCUUACCACAUAUUGGUUUACAAAAGGAAACUGCAUUCUUAUCGCGAUUUUCCAAUCAGAGUUGCAGAGCUAGGAACAGUAUAUAGAUAUGAGUUAUCUGGAAGCUUACAUGGCCUUUUCCGUGUUAGGGGUUUCACCCAGGAUGAUGCGCACAUAUUUUGCUUAGAUGACCAAAUCAAAGACGAAAUUCGGGGUGUCUUAGAUCUCACAGAGGAAAUAUUAUUGCAAUUUGGUUUUAGUAAGUAUGAGGUGAACCUUUCGACAAGGCCUGAGAAAGCUGUGGGAGGUGAUGACAUAUGGGAAAAAGCAACAUCUGCCCUUAAGGAUGCUUUGGAUGAUAAAGGGUGGAGCUAUCAGAUUGAUGAAGGUGGUGGUGCCUUUUACGGUCCAAAGAUUGAUCUCAAGAUUGAGGAUGCUCUUGGAAGGAAAUGGCAGUGCUCAACCAUACAGGUCGAUUUUAAUUUACCACAGCGUUUUGACAUUACAUAUGUUGAUUCAAACUCGGAGAAGAAGCGGCCUAUCAUGAUCCAUAGAGCAGUUCUUGGAUCCUUGGAGCGGUUCUUUGGAGUCCUCAUAGAGCAUUAUGCUGGAGAUUUUCCAUUAUGGCUUUCUCCAAUCCAAGCACGAAUUUUACCAGUCACAGACUCACAGCUCGAGUACUGUAACGAGGUGACCAGGAUACUGAAAGCUAGUGGUAUCCGGGCUGAGGUUAACAGUGGGGAGCGGCUGCCAAAGCUCAUUAGAAAUGCAGAGAAGCAGAAAAUCCCACUGAUGGCUGUUGUGGGGCCAAAAGAGGUAGAAACACAGGCUGUAACGAUUAGAUCUAGGUUUGGCGGGGAGUUGGGUACCAUGACAAUUAAUGAUUUUGUUAUUAAAACCAAAUCCGCCAUAGAGAACAGAACAUUCUAUUGAAAUGCUUGCAGUUGAGUCCUAGCAGUCCUAUGGAGCAAUGAUACUAGCAAUUUGUUGAAUGUUGUACAGACAGAUAUCGAAACAUAAAUCAGAUACACAGCGAAGAGUAGGGCUACGUAUCCAAAAUUUAUAACCCAAAUUUACAUCCCAUAUCAUGAAGGACCAUUGGUUUAGUGGGUUUCAUCAAUUUUUUUAAAUGGGAUCCACUCAAUGGUCUUUCUUGAUUUGAGAUGUAAAUUUGGGAUACAUAUCAUUACUC